UGAAAUCUCGUUAGGAUUAGAUCAUUUGGUAACCCUAAUAUGAUAGGAAUCUGUGAAGAACUCACUGCUCAAAUUUGACCGAUUAAUCCCAUUGUGGGCUUUGCCAAAACGAUCCAUGAGAAUCCAUUCCCCAGUUUGGGAAGAAGGAAACUAUAAAGCAAAGAAGAAGAAACGGUAGAAAGGGCAAGGAGCGAGGUCAGUGAAGAAUAUGGGUGUCACUAAGGAGCAACUCGAAUCUACUUUAACCUCUAAAUUGAAUCCUCAACAUCUGGAGGUAACUGAUACAUCUGGAGGAUGCGGGGCGAGCUUCGUAAUUGACAUUGUCUCGGAACAAUUUGAAGGGAAAAGGUUGCUUGAGCGACAUCGAUUGGUGAAUGCUGCUUUGGUGGAGGAAAUGAAACAGAUUCAUGCUCUCUCCAUCAAGAAGGCUCUGACCCCACAACAAUGGAAGCAACAACAAGAAGAAUCUGAAAAAUCAAAAUCUGCAGCUUAGAGAAUGGUUUAUAAGUAAAGUAAGAGCCAUGAUUGAUAAAUAAAGCAUACCAUAAAGCCUCUACAGUGAUGGUGUAAUCCUCAUUCUGCUGUACUUGUGUAUGAAAGUUUCUGCUUUUGAGUUUGUACUUCGUUGUGUUUAGUGAAUUUCUUUUGAAAUUUAGUAUCUGUCAUUUCAAAACGAAAAAAAAAAGAAAAAUGAAACAUUGGUUUUUAGAACCUAUCAAAGACUUAACCUUGUAUCACUUUUGAAAAAUUAAUCUAAACAUGGUCAACCAUUAUGGUA